AUGUUAAAAUUGUUCAUAAACAUCGCAGAAGCCACCAUGUCACUUUUCAGGGGACUCUUCUUUGAUGUUUAUGCAUCCAGUCUAAGCUGUUUCGUAGCCUACGCCUAUUUCCACUAUCCAGAAGUACUCGUACAUGGUAGGGGAAAUGUGCGAUUUGGUAAGGUAAGCAAGAGAUACUUUGUACUAUUCUACCUUAUAGGCCUAAUUGCAGCAUAUAGGACAUUUCUAGUACUAUUUCUUAUUAGAAGAGUCAUAGAGAGUCUUCUGUACAUGACUAAGACACAAUCGUACAUGAAUGUGUUUCAUUUGGUUCAUGGAUGUUCAUUCUACUACAUUCUAGGCAUAUACGUCACCAAUAACACCACAACUGCAACUACGGCAUUCUAUAGAAAUUAUCUGGUACUUAAUGUACUACAAGGAAUCGCACAUUACAAGCUGUACGUAUCAAGAGACCUAAGAUACAAAAACAGCCAUUACUACUGUGAAAUAGCACUCUAUGUGCUCUACUUCUACAGAUAUAGAGACUGGUUUACAUUCAACAUACUCGUAUACGUGUUGCUAUUUGUGGUAUCAACCAUUAGACACUGUAAAUGA